GUUUAUAACACCGGCUAGUAGAACCUACGUCAAAUUGGGAAAGAAGUAACUAGAAAGGAUUGCUCCGCGAACAGCCAACGGAGGGGGCCAACGGCCGGCGAUUCAGUCUCUCCGAUUCCUAAACAACUCAAAUUCUCUGCAGUUUCCGUCAAUUCAUUGAUGAAACUUCACCAGGGGCUCUGACUGAAGUUUUUUCAUCUUCAAUUGUAAUUUGGGGCUCCAAGCGAUGGGGGAAGAAGAGCAAGGGAAGAAACGGCGGGUGGUGGCGGAAUCGCUGGGAUGGCUGACGGAGUCAACUAUCAUGCCGAAGAAGCACCGAGCCAUCGAGGGCGUCGGCGCUUCUUCCAUCGUCGAGCUUAAGGCUCAGCUCUACAAAUCGCAGGAGGAAGCCAGGAAAGCCAAGGACUUGGCCGGUACAGAUGUGGAAUAUCAUCGCGCCAAGAAGAAAAUCUCCCCCCACGAUGCUUUCUCCGUCAAGAAUUCCGGUGUUGAAUCCCGAGCGCACAAGGACAAGCUUGAGCUGAAAGCGGUUCAAGAUGGGUCGGCGAGCUAUGCCGCGUUGGAGAAGAAGGCAGCGUUAUACGAGAAGCUAGUAAGAGGAGAGUUAUCGGACGAGGAAGCGGAAGAGAAGUACUGUGUUGAUUUUUUCCGUAAAGGAAUUGAGGUAGAGGAGUCCCAGAAGUCGCAAUCCCCUGAAACUUCUUCCAGUGCUGCUGCUGCAGCGGCAAGUGUGAAUGAUGAAGAUGGCGGUGAUGGUCCAGCUGGUCUAUUUAGUACGAAAUUUGUGAAGCCUGGCCAAUCAGGUGGAGCAUUUGACCAAGAUGAACACAGGCGUUUUGUCAGUCAAGUUCAUGAAGAAGCAAAUCAAGCAAGAGAGAAGGUGUCGGAGAUGAAAUUGCAGAGGCAAGAGAAGGUAGAAGCUCGCCGCAAGAACUUCAAGCAGGCAUAUCUUCUGAAGAAGUUGGAGAAACUGAAAGCUGCUGGAACCUCUUUAGAACAAUCUGUAGAAGGGGGGAAGUGAUGGCUCCCCAUAUUGGUUUUGGCAUAUAUGAUGAACUGCUGAAAGAUGUUGUGAGGUCAUCACUCAUGUGUAUAGACAGCAAAAUUCAAUACACAUUUUCUAAAGCCUUUCCUUUUCUUCCUUCAUAUCUCUUCCCUACUACAAAGUAUAAAAGGUCGAUGGAGAUUGUGGGAAUGAAAUGGGCGGCACCGGCCUGCCUCUUAUUAAUUGG